UCCUUAAUCUAUUGUCGCAGAGGAGGCCGGCCAAGAGUUGCAGAGGUGCAGUGGGAUGACGACGAUGGCGGUGAUAGUGAGAUAGGACGGAUGGCGACAUGAACUAGAGCGCUGCGCGAGGAAGAGUAUAAAAGCAGCCCUGAAUUCACCCGGAUUCCUUCUCUACUCAGCAGCCAGACCAUUCCCUCUCAUAUCCACAGUCUCUCAUUUGGAUCCCUGAUCCCUCUCGUUCAUCAUGCGCUCCAAGAUGAGUCUCCUGGCCGCCACGGCCACUGUGUCUCUCGCUCAGGCCGCCAGCCUGGCCGACGUGUGUACCUCGACGUAUGCCAGCGCGGCGGCCCCCAUCAGCCCUCUGCUGGGCGUGACUGUCGACCAGUCCUCCGUCACGGCCAAUGCUGUCUACAACUACACCUCUUCCGAGACGGCCUUCUGGACCGCCGCCACCUUCGACUUCUGCAAUGUCACCCUGUCCUACACCCACGAUGGCCUGGAUGACACCGUCCUGCUGGAGUUCUGGCUCCCCGCCCCGUCCGACUUCCAGAACCGCUGGUUGUCCACCGGUGGUUUCGGCUACGCCAUCAACGGCAACAGUGCCGACUUGCCCGGUGGUGUCAUGUACGGUGCUGCCUCUGGCCAGACCGAUGGUGGUUUCGGCGGUUUCUCCGUCGAAUUCGACGACGUCUACCUGCUGGCCAACGGCACCGCGGACCGUGAGGCCCUGUACAUGUUCGGAUACCAGGCCCACCAUGAGCUGAGCGUUAUCGGCAAGGCCUUCACCAAGAGCUUCUUCAACCUCACCAGCUCUGGCGACAAGCUCUACGCCUACUACCAGGGUUGCUCCGAAGGCGGCCGUGAAGGCUGGUCCCAGGUCCAGCGCUACGGCGAGGAGUGGGAUGGUGCUGUGAUCGGCGCCCCUGCCAUCCGCUACGGCCAGCAGCAGCCCAAUCACCUGUUCCCUGGUCUGGUCGAGCAGACUAUGGGCUACUUCCCUCCUCCCUGCGAGCUCGAGAAGAUCAACAACCUGACCAUUGCCGCCUGUGACGAGCUUGACGGCAAGAAGGACGGCGUUGUCUCCCGUACCGAUCUCUGCAAGCUGCACUUCGACGUCAACUCCACCAUCGGCGAGCCCUACUACUGCGCCGCGGAGACCACCACCACCGUCCUGAAGAAGCGUCUGUCCACCAGCAACACCACCCCGGCCCAGAACGGCACCGUCAGCAAGGCCGGUGCCGCCGUUGCCGCCGCCAUCCUCGACGGCCUGCACACCCUGGACGGCAAGCGCGCCUACAUCUGGUACCAGCCCUCCGCCACCUUUGACGACGCCGCGACCCAAUACAACUCCGAGACCGACUCCUGGGAGCUCGACAUCACCUCUCUUGGCGGAGAAUGGGUGACCAAGUGGCUUGAACUGGUCGACCUCGACAACCUCUCCACCUUGGACAACGUCACCUACGAUGUGAUGAAGGACUGGAUGGAGCUGGGCUGGCAACGCUACGAAGACGUCCUGCAGACGACCUGGCCCGACCUGACCCCCUUCUACAGCGCCGGCGGCAAGGUUCUCCAUGUCCACGGUGAAUCCGAUCCCAGUAUCCCCACGGGCUCCUCGGUGCACUACCACGAAGCCGUCCGCCAGCAGAUGUACCCCUCUCUCUCAUUCAACGAGUCGUCCGAGGCCCUGAACGACUGGAACCGUCUCUACCUCGUCCCCGGCGCUGCCCACUGCACCUACAGCAGCGACCAGCCCAACGGCGGCUGGCCCCAGACCACCCUGCUCACCCUGAUCGACUGGGUCGAGAACGGCGACAAGCCCGAUCUCCUCAACGCCACCGUCCAGGAGGGCUCCAACAUCGGCCAGCAGCAGAAGCUCUGCCCCUGGCCUCACCGCCCCCUCUUCGUCAACAACGGCACCGAGUUGACCUGCGUCUUCGAUGAGGAGUCCUACCAGACCUGGGUCUACGACUUCGACGCCUACAACCUCCCUCUGUACUAAGCGGAGCUGUCCAUAAUUGGGCUUCCCGCUGUGAGUGGAUACAUUGCGUCGUGCAGGAUGGGUUCCUCAACUCUCCUUGGCGCGCUAUUCUGUUUGUACAUAUGUAUAUGUGUCUUUAGUCAUACAAUGUUUAUAGUAUCGUAUCGGAUGUGAAUAU